AUGUGGAAAACGAUGGCACCCACCAGGUCCGUUCAUUUUAUUGAUAGUGAAACGAUUUCGAAGCAAAUAUUUGCACCGGCCCGUUACAAUCUGCCGCUGUUUCUGUGCCAAAAACUGAACGUUAAUUCAACUUCGGGGGAAAAAUCUGCCCAGCGGCAAUGUUUGAAACAGCACGAAAGGACCGCACUGUUGCAAAGGAUGGCAAAAUAUCACAUCAAAGAAUUAACUAAAGGUAAGCUGAAAGUAAAAGAGAUGUCAUUUAAAAUUAGUCAACCUAAAUUGAGCAUUCUAGGUCGCGUACGGCGUCGCUGUAAUAAGCACCGUAUCGGAUGGCCCGACUGUCCUAAACCGCUUCGUGAUGGGCGCAAAGAUUGGUCUCUACCACCCGGCAGAUAUCGAUUAGGUGGAAGUAUUGCCGACUUGGCUAACCGAUCAACAGGUCCAAACAAGGGACGACACGGACACCCCACUAAAGGAAAUGCUCGUCGCAGGCAGUCAUCGCUUUACGCAAAGCUCAGCGCAACCAGCGGCAGCGCGUCCGUCCGGCACCCGGACACGAUCAGCGCGAUUUACCUACCAGCGGAGAUGAAUAAGUUAUUGCAUCCGAGCAAAUACUUUGUCGGUAAAAUACGACCCGGUGAUCGUAUGAACGACCGUCCGACACUGCGUCUGGCCAUAUCCGAACUCACAGUUUGCCGUCGAGAUCCGAACGCUCCCGGUCCCGGGCACUACCAUCCAGAGCAGCAAACGCGCACCCACAAUAAGGUAGGAAAAACCGCCCUCCAUCCACCUGUUUGUUGCUACACGUACGACCAAUACUGCCGCGAGCCAUUCUUCCGUCCACCACCCGGUCGGUAUGACAUCCGCGACGCUCUACCGCCAAUCCCAGCCAGUCACCGUGCCGAGCAGAUACACAUUCCGAUUCAAUCGACAUCCUCAAAACCGCACUCGGGCGACGGGCACGAUGCAAGACCGGCCGUCCCGCCGGUGCGGCGAAAGGUUACGCUUCGUUUGAAUUCCAUCAAUAUACCCGUACGGCCCCGGAAGGGACGCCGUAAUAUGAAGGUUGCGUUUAUGAGCGGAAGUGCCCGGUUUCGGGACCGCGACUUUUUCCCGAUCGGUGGCUUGGGAAAAGCGACGGCAAGGAAACAGCAGUCAACAACAUCAAAGAAAUCGCACGAUUCGCUAAACGGAGCACAGCUUGAACCAUCUCGCUCCGGAAGUGGCACUCGGGCGUUUUUACCAUCGGAGCAAGUGGAUCGAACUGGUAGCGAAGGGAAGCGACGGGAAAAAGAAAGCGAAGAUUGUAUCCGAUUCCUUGCAGCACAUGGUAUCUCCCAGGGGAAACUACUGCCACCAUCCAAAGCUGGAAACAAAAUUUCAACCAGAUUCUUCACGGUUCCUAAGCUCAUGAGUGCUCGACGGUAG